UCAUUUCGCUACUAAUGUCACUACGGCGCUAAUCCUUUUCUCGCUUCCUCCUUCACAGCUGGUUGAAAUUCAACCAACAUUGAACACAGUCCCUUAAGGCUCUGCGUCACAUACUUUUACAGCCUCGAAAAUGUCCCCUGACCCCAUACUGAAGCCUACGGUCCCUGGAGAAGAGCCAGAGGAAGUUGACGAAGGCGAGGAGAGUGACGAAUAUGAAGUUGAGGUUUGCAAAAUAUUUUCCGAUAAUUCUAGACUCGUGCUUAUAUUUUGUGCAUCUAAACUCGCUGUUGUCUUCGUACAACAAUUGUGUUUACCUCCUUUUCUGUCAACAGGGCGAAGAAGAAGAGCAAGGUGGCUCGCCCCACCCAGUUGGAGCUGAAGAAGACGAUGAGGAGGAUGGAGAGGAAGGAGGUGCCGCAUCAAGGAGUAAACCAAGUUUGACGGCGCUACUGGUUGGCGAGAAUGGCACGUCAGCCUCAGCUGCUCUUGCUGAUGAGGAUGAGGACGCCGAGGACGACGACGAGUAUUUCGAGGAAGACGAAGACGAGCCUCCUACUUCUGCUGGCGGCUUGAAGCGUUAUGCGGAUGAAAUCAGUGAAGCAGACGAAGAAGAGGAAGAAGAGGAAGAUGGCGGAGCUGCAAAGAGGGCACGAGUUGGCUGAAGACCAUAAAAAUGUAAUAACAACACGCGUACGAUGCGAUUAAGUCUUAUUAUUUCCUAUUUCCUGUUUCUCAGAAGAUGUUGGCUAUACUAGUGGGUAGUAGGAUAUCUACGGUUAUGUACUUACAUAGAUGUAGACGUACUUGGCAGACCCCCGGUCUCUUGCACUGUAACCAACCUAAAGGUGUACGUAUGGUGCACUCAAAAACCGCA